GAAAGUACCAUUGCCAUCGGCAGUGCCUAGUCGGCAGAAAGCAGCAAGCGCUGCUGUGAACGCUUAAAAUUCGAUUGAAGCAAAAUUGACACUACACUUGGAGUUGUGACCGAAGUUCGUUAGAAGAAUAUCUUCUUUGCGCGCAGGUUUCUUUUUAUCUGGGCGGGGCUACAGACAUGACCCGGACAGGUAGACCCUCCGAGAGCAACGUCGACUCCGCGAGGAGCCUGCCGAACACACACCAAAGUGUGCGUGGAUGCGCAGACCACGCUGAUCCGGAACCGCCACGAGACUGGUGCGUGGCCGACUUGCUGCUGGGCCGUCGCCUGCGGGGCGUGGUGCGCGGUGCGCUGACGAGCCGGCCGCCCCGGCUGCCGCCCGCGAUGCCUCCCAACCCGCAGCUGGUGGCGGACCAGGACUCCCUGUCGCGCGCGUCGACGCCAGCGCGCAGCCUGGCCAGGUCGACCUCGUGGGAGACCAUUUUUCUCUACUCGGAGUACGCCCGGCCCUUGGACGUGCUCAGCGAAAAUUGGGAACGGCAUCAACGCAGGAAAAUCCUCCGUCGCCUCUUCUGCUGCUGUCCGCAAUCCUGAUUCAAACAUGCUGCGUCUCGAAUUACCUUGUAUCGACUUCAAAACGGCACGGCGGACGUCGUCUUCGCGUUUGAAAAUUCGAUCUUCGGUCAAUAUACUUAUUCGAACGCAACAUUAAAGACGUUUUCAGUUUA